GUUGAAAAGAUCGUUCCACCCGCUGCCUGUCAUUCGAGUCGAAUUCUUGGACAUCGCGCCUCCUCAACGUUAAGGCAUCAUGGUCUCUCGACAUGUGCAACGCAAAGUCCGCUCCUCCAUCUGUACCUCCAUGCACACCCGUAGCUUGGCCUUCUGGACUGAAGAAGACAAGGCUGAACGUGCCGAACGUGGCCGUGAGCUGCAGGACGUGGUGAUCGUCGGCGGCGGCAUCGUCGGCAGCGCGCUUGCGUGCAACCUCAAGUCGAACCCUGUUUUCCACGGCAAGAAGGUCACGGUCAUUGAACCAUCUCCUCCCAAGCAGUUGGAAGAUGCCAACGCUUCGUUGGGCCUCCCGGACGCGCGCGUGUACACGAUCACGCCGGCGUCCAAGAAGCUGUUUGAAGCGAUCGGGGUCUGGGAUAAAAUCAAGCCCGAGCACAUCGCGCCUUUCGGUCACAUGCAGGUGUGGGACGCCAUGGGCGACGGAUUCAUCCGCUUCGACGCGGCCAAGGCCCAAGUGAAGAGCGGCAGCGACCUCGGGUACGUGCUCGAGCACGGCGUGUUGCAGCGCGCGUUGGCUCUCCGCAUGCAAGAACUUGCAGGCCAAGACGACCCCAACCCGCUGCGCAUCCUCAGCCCUGCCGAGGUACAUGCCCCUUCCUCCUCCACAUCGUCAUCACCUUAUCUCACCAUGUUCCAUCACCAGGUGCGCAACUUUGAAGGUCCUGGCGAAGUGCAUCGCGCGGGCACCGUCACUUUGGAAGACGGCACCGAGAUUCGCAGCCGCCUCGUGGUGGCUGCCGACGGUGGCAAGUCCAUGAUCCGCAAACUGUCGGCGCUGGGCACGUGGGGCUGGACGUACGACCAACAGGCGGUGGUGGCCACCGUCAAGACGGACCAGAUCAACACGACGGCGUUCCAGCGCUUCCUCCCGUCGGGUCCCAUCGCGCUGCUGCCGCUCCGCGACGGGUACUCGUCCGUGGUGUGGAGCACCACCGAGAACCACGCGAUCGAACUCAAGUCCAUCUCCCCCCAAGAAUUUGUGGCUGCGCUCAACGAAGCGCUGCACAAGCCGUCUGUGACACCGUCGCCGCCGCAAGUGCCGCUCCUCGGUAACCUCAUCCAAGGCAUCCACUUGGCCGCGCAGACGGUGUUGGCGGCCGGCGCGCUCGCCGAUCCGUUCCAAGCGCCGCCCAAGGCCACGGAAGCCGUCGGUCGCCGCAUUGCAUUCCCACUCAAACUGCAACAUGCGACACGCUAUUCCAAGUACGGGGUGGCGUUGAUUGGCGAUUCCGCGCACUCGAUCCAUCCAUUAGCGGGUCAAGGCUUGAACUUGGGCCUGGCGGAUGUGACAUCGCUCGGCAACGUCUUGUCGCAGGGGGUGCAAGCGGGCGUGCACUUGGGCGACGAAUUGUUCUUGAAACACUACGACAACGACCGAAAGAAGGCCAACAUCUCGAUGGCGUUGGCCAUGGACGGGUUCAAGAACCUCUUUGGCCCUGCCCCCGAUGCCGUCCAAGUCGCGCGCAACGUCGGCAUGUCCACGUUGAAUGCCGUCGAGCCGAUCAAGGUAUACAUGAUGAUCUUGGGUGUGUCGGGAUACUGCUGCGUUCAUCUAACAUUCGAUUUGUAGACUCAAAUCAUGAAGUACGCCAUGGGCUUGUAAUAGAUUGCAUAGAUGAACACGACGAUCAUGUUACAGUACACGACGUUUGUCUUGCUCAAUGAGGUGCUAGAUGGGUCGUUCGUAGAAGCUCGGCUCUGCCUUGCUGCAGAUCUUCGCUAGGACAUCAUGGAGAGAUAGACACAAGCAUCAUGCACGACGGCGUCUUUGAGGAAUGAAUCUCUCGC